UUUUUGGCUAUAUAGGUAAAUGCAAAAGACGGAGUACUAUUUCGACUUUCGGUUACGAAAAAUUCCACGUUUACUCUAUACCUUGACCUGGCGGUCUGAAUAUCCAAGUGUAGAGGUCUCUACGUGUGCCUGUGCACGACGUAUGCACAGUUCACACACACACGGUAAACAACUACACUCUCACACAGACGGAAGACGUAGCGAAGACGGAGCGCGGCGGCGGAGAGCGCUUAGCGCACAUAUGAUCUGAAAAUCGUCGUCGAUCUAAAUGGGCAAAAUGAGUUAGUGUUUCGAAUGUGUGUGCGAAGCAACCCAUGAGAGAGGUGGGUUUGCUUUAGCUCUCUUUGACGUGUGUUUUCCAUUUGUCGCUCUUCCUACAACCGACACACCUUCACUAAGAGGCCGGACGGAGAAGAGCUUUCUUGAAUUAAUCUGUUAUUACAAAUAAUCAUCAAGAAUGGAUAGUUCAGAGUAUGAGAUGGUGAGGAACCUGACCUUGUUGUUCUUCUUUGAGCGUCUCAUGGAUAAGGGUGGUCCAAGAUCACUACAUGACUUAAGCUGUCAAUUUGGUGCCAAGGGUUUUACCAAAGAAAUGAGGCAGAUUGCUGGUGGUUCACAAAGUGGCCUUAAGAAAUUUCUAGCUCAGUAUCCUGCUCUGUUCAAUAUUGAUGGUGACUAUGUGUACAUCAACACAAUGCAGCCAGUGGUAGAAGAGGAUGAUGGUACCAAAUUAAGUAAGAAGCGAGACUAUGCUCUGGAGGCGGUGGAGUACUUCUCCAAUAAACUUAUGCAGUAUGGAGUUGGAACUGAAGUGCCCAUCAAGAGUCUACUAGGACAUAGGUCUCAAGCUUCGCCAGAAGUCAGACACAUCUCUGGACAACACUUUCGUGAAUUCAAAGACUUUCUCAUGAAGUAUCCUGAUGCAUUUAUCAUUAAUGAGGACAAUGUUAUGUUGAAACAAUACGAGGGUAUGAAGCCAAAACCAUUUCAUGAACUAGAACCUGAAAUAUCAAUAGACUCUGAAGUAACAGCACAACUAUUGGACUUCCUUGAACUAUGUAUCAGUCAGAAAGGUUUCAUUUCAGUAGAUCAGUUGUUUCAUGCAGUAGCUGAAAAAUUUCCGGAUAGUCUAUCUAUGUUUAAAACUGCACAGGAUCUUUCAACAUUCAUGAAGAUGAGUCCUGAUGCAUUUCAUGUUCAAGGCAACUUAGUAACCCUUAUAGGGAAACCAAAACCAUUUGAACAGAAGGACAAACAUUUAGAGGAGCAGAACGAUAAGUUAAAAAAGAGGAAGCUAAGAGAAGAAAACAAUCACAUAUCUCUGAAUCGCAGACCAUCUACACCUUCAAACUCCCAACCAGACAGUCUCACUUCUAAUCACUCAUCAACCCAACCAAACUCAUUAACUUCACCAGUGAUAGAAACUUCUCCUCCUCCCGUUAGUCUUCAGCAACAAACGUUAAAACAACGAAUCAACAAUCUCCUCAUUAAAACGUUGGCUGACAAUACAGAACGAGACAGAACUCUGCAAAACGCUGUGAUAGGUGAAGCUUUGAAAUCGCGAGUCUCACAGCAGACUAAGGUCAUUAUUAAUGUACGCGAAUGUUUACAAAUCGUCGAUGAUAUAAUGCAUCCUAGAAAACCAUCUACUAAUGGUAAGAUUGUUGUAUCAUUCGAUUGCGAGGGUAUUAAUGUCGGCCCUAAGGGCAAGUUAACUCUCGUACAGAUUGCAACGAUGUCGGGGCAGACUUACGUUUUUGAUUUGAUCACUUGCCCGAAUAUUCUGCAGUCAGGUGGAUUGCAAAAAUUACUGGAGAGUGAAAAUGUUAUCAAGGUGAUUCACGACUGUAAAAAUGAUAGCGCUAAUCUGAUUAAUCAAUUUGGAAUUAAUAUCGUUAAUGUUUUUGAUACGCAGGCAGCACAUGCAGUAAUUGAAUACCAGAAUACAGGCAAGCCCGUUUACAAAGUGAAAAAUGCCAAUCUGAAUACUCUGUGUGAGUUGUACGGUGCACCAUCUAAUCCGUUCAAGGAGCAGCUAAAAAAUAUCUAUCGGCGUGAUCAACGUUACUGGGCACGACGACCGCUCACUCGUGACAUGAUUGCUUACGCUAGCAGCGAUGUUCAAAGUCUUGUACCUUUAAUUUAUAAUGCUAUGUCCAAAUUGAUAAAGCCAGAUAUGAAAAAAUUAUUUUCUGAACUAUGCGAAGAACAGGUGAUGAUGCACGUUAACACAAACGAGGUAAAGAUUCGUAAGAAACAACGAAAAAUCGAGACUGAAGUGGCCGAUCUCCGUCGAAAAAUGGAUGAGACUAUUGGCAGGAAUAUCGUACUGAGCAAUCGAGAGAUACGACUUUUGAGAUAUUUAGAUCUUACCAAGGAGGAAAAGGAGAAAUUAAAGGGAAGUUACAAGGUGGCAAAGAAACUUGAAAAACUUGAAAAUAUGGGUCAAGAUAAAAAUGAUAGUAGCGAUGAGGAUGAUGAUGAUGAUAAGAAUGAUGAUGCUGAGUAUCCAAGCUUAGAUAGUUAUACUUCUGAAAAUUCUCAUUCAGGUGGAAUCUUAUCUCCUCGAAACGUCGAACCACCGACUCUCACGGAGUCGAUGCAGAUGGUAGACGAAAUUUUGUCGGAUGGCCGUAUGGAAGAUUUAGAAAAAAUUGAGCGUCUCGAAGCAAUUCUCUCAGCUGUAACAGGUACCUCGAAUGAUACAGACUCAAGUACAAGGUCAUCACCGACAAAGUGUACUUGUUUAUGUAAUAGUACGAAACAACCUUUGCGUAAGGAAGUCUCUUGUCAAACAUUGAGUACCGGCGACAUUGUAAUCACGCGAAUAUUUUAUACCGAGGAAGAGGAGGAACGCGAGCGACUGCAAAAGAAGCAAUAGUGCAAAAAAAUUUU